AUUCUAUCAGAUUACGUGUCAUAAAAGUAAUAUGUUCGGGAUUGAGGGAGGAGCGGAGGCUCGACGAGGGCCGAGCGUCCCAGUUGCCGCUGCUUCGCGCGAUUCCGCGCUCGAAGCGCAGGCACGCGCGAAUUAUAUCACGGGCUAUUCCUGUCCGUUUCGGUAAAAGUUGGUCUCGCGACCGUUUCUUCAAACAGUCUCGAGAUCGACAUAAGAAAGGCGUCAACAGAAGCAACCUUGGUCGCUCGGUGCUCCUUUGUCUCGGCGGUCUGACGCGUGCCGAUCGUCCGACUCGCAUCAAUCAAUACACGAGACGAGGAAAUACGAAUUUGGAAAAAUUAGCUGCCCAUACCGUAAGAAAAUUAGGAUUGUGUGAAGAUCAUUUCCUUGCUACGUCAUUUACAAACACAACGAAAGAACGAUUAAACAGAAAUGCUGUACCAAUUGCAUAUGAAAACACUGCUGACUCAUCUAUGCACAUAGAAAAUGUUGAAAGUGAAAUACAAAACAAUAUUACAGCACUUCCACCUAACGAUGAAAAUGUAAUAAUGGAGGAACAAAUGGUUGAAAAGUGUGCUCAGCGAACGUACAGGCCUGCAACUUUAAAUUUCGAAAUGUCUGCGGAAGAGGAAGACAUAAUGGAAUGGGUGCAUUUGGAGCCACCUAAACAUCAAGAUAUUAAAUGUAAUAGGCCUGAAAAAAAUAUUAAAUACAAAGAUGAUAGCAUUCAAAGAAAUAAUAAAAAGAAAAAUGAUCCAAAAGCAGAGAUAAAAGCCUUGAAAAUUAAGAAUUUUAAUUUGCAACAAAAAAUAAAGAACUUAAAAUCUCGAAUAUAA